AUGAGUCCGGCUCAGCCAGCCGGGGCUGGAGAGUUUGGCGUGCUGCCGUGUUUGGUGGGGAACAGGGUUGGCCUCGCACUGGCUCCCGCCCUGUGGCUAAGGCCUGGCCUGCGCUGCCCAGCCAGGUUGCCCUACCGGCUCGGCUCGCAGCUUGGGGAACGGGCCCGCCCGCUUUACCAGCUACAGGCUGUUUUUGGGGUAGCUGCAGCCCUGCUGGCCCCUGGGCAUGAGGGAGCCAAGGUGGGCGAGGUCAACACUCCCCCCUCCCUGCUGCGCCGCACAAACAAAGCCUUUUAUGGCAUCGAGAAAGGUUCUGGCUGUCUGCAUCAGACAGACAGUGACGCUAACCCAGGAUCAGGAGCAAACACUGUUCCCCUCUGCAGCGGGGCCCCAGGGCUGGGUCAGAAAGCGCUGCCCAAGUGUCCCCCUGCCCUCGCCAAGCUCCCGGCGGGCGAGGGACUGGGCAGCUGGGAGUCCCCCCCCAGUGCCACAUGGUCCCGGUGCAAUGUCUCCCUGGGCUGGACUGGGGCUGACCCCUUGUGCCCGGCUCUGUCUCCCCUGCAGAUCUUCACACGCCUGGGGAAGUGCUACACAUUCAAUGCAGGGGCGCCGGGCAACGAGCUCCUCACCACCGUCAAGGGUGGCUCCGGCAACGGGCUGGAGCUCAUGCUGAACAUCCAGCAAGACGAGUACCUGCCCGUCUGGGGAGAGAGCGAUGAGAUCUCCUAUGAAGCUGGGGUCAAGGUUCAGAUCCACAGCCAGGAGGAGCCACCCUUCAUCGACCAGCUGGGUUUCGGUGUGGCGCCCGGCUUCCAGACCUUCGUGUCCUGCCAGCAGCAGAGGCUGGUCUACCUCCCGCCCCCCUGGGGGGACUGCAAAUCCACCUCCAUUGAAUCCGACUUCUUCACCAGCUACAGCAUCACGGCCUGCCGCCUGGACUGUGAGACCCGCUACCUGGCCGAGAACUGCAACUGCCGCAUGGUGCACAUGCCCGGGAAUGCCAACGUGUGCACGCCAGAGCAGUACAAGGAGUGUGCCGACCCUGCCCUGGACUUCCUGGUGAAGAAGGACAGUGAGUUCUGUGUGUGCCGCACGCCCUGUGACAUGGUGCGCUACGGCAAGGAGCUCUCCAUGGUCAAGAUCCCCAGCAAGGCCUCAGCCAAGUACCUGGCCAAGAAGUACAACAAGAGCGAGCAGUACAUCUCGGACAAUGUGCUGGUGCUGGACAUUUUCUUUGAAGCCUUGAACUAUGAGACCAUCGAGCAGAAGAAAGCAUAUGAGGUGGCAGGGCUGCUGGGGGACAUCGGGGGCCAGAUGGGGCUGUUCAUCGGGGCCAGCAUCCUCACCAUCCUGGAGAUCUUCGACUACCUGUACGAGGUGUUUCGGGACAAACUCCUCAGCUUUUACAAGAACAAGAAGAGACCCCAGAGAAAUAACAGCGACAACCUGAGCACCUGUAACACCCUGCGCAGCCACUCGGACAGUCUCGGCUUCACCCCGAACAUGCUACCUCGGCACCCGGCUCUCGGCAACUUCGAGGAGUUUGCGUGCUGAGGGGGUGGCUGCGCCUUGCAGUCCCAGCCCACUGGCCUCUCGCCUCCAGCAAGACCUGAGCCGCUCUGGCCAGGCAGAUGCGGCUUGGCGGCACAGAGGGCACCAGGACAGCCCCUGGGAAGGAGACACCAGUGGUGGUGCAGUCCUGGGCUUCCACACACUAGGCUCUGUGGGGCCUUGGCCCAACUCAGCUCCCGGCCAGCUGUGGCUCCAAGCAUUCACCACUGGGCUUCCAUGCACAGCCCUCAACAGGGGAGCUCAUGCUCAGGCUUCCACCCUGCCCCGUCGGGGGUGGGGAUUGCUAUCCCCUGGGGUCAGCCCCUCUGCAGGCAGGGGGGUGCUGAGCCCAGCGCUGGAGUGCCCUGCCCUGGCCAUGAUCAUUCCAGCUGCCCCAGGGGUGGAAGCCAGCACCUUUGACAAGCCAUGGUGCCUGGCUGCCUCCCAGCCAGGGCACAGAGAACGGAGCCAGCUCUCCCCUCCCCGGAGGCCUCUACCCCCAUCACUGAGCUCGGCCCAGCCUCCCCCUGCCUGCAGCCCCACCCCAGGGAACCUCUCCCAGCUGUAUGAGAGCCACAGGGCUCCCCAGCCCCAGGGCACAGCACCCUCACAACUCCCUCAGGAUGGCUGGCCCCCAGGGAUGGGUGCAGCUUGCACUCCUGGUCUUCCCAGGCCCUGCAAUGGGGAGAGGCAGGGGGUGGCCCCUAGCCCCUGUGCUGGGGCACAUGGAGACUGGGAGGCCCCAGGGACCGACCAGGCCCUUUGUGCUAGUGACCCGUCUGAGAGUCCUGCUGGCCACGUAUCUGCAUGAGCUGCUUGCAGCACCCCCAUCACCUGCUCCCCUUGCCCAUCUGUGCCCCCUGCCUCCCCUCUUCCCUCCAGCGCAGAGACAGCUGCAGCUUGCACCUCUCCAGCCUAGCGCGGAUCCUGUGUAUCAUUAAAACCCACCUGGUGGUUCCGA